AUGGACGACAGUUGCACUAAAUAUGAGGCCGUUCCUGAAAAAAGCGUAUUCUCCGUAGUCGAAACCGAGACGACGACUAAGUGUGUGAAGAGGAGGCGGAGAUCUCCUCCUUUAGUUGCACCAAUGAAGAGGAGUUCAAGAUUCCGAGGUGUUAGUAGACAUCGGUGGACAGGGCGUUACGAAGCUCAUCUAUGGGAUAAAGGGACUUGGAAUCCAACACAGAAAAAGAAAGGAAAACAAGUGUAUCUUGGAGCAUAUGAUGAAGAAGAAUCUGCAGCAAGAGCAUAUGAUUUGGCUGCAAUCAAGUAUUGGGGAGCAUCAACCUACACCAAUUUCCCCAUAUCCGAUUAUGACAGAGAGAUCGAAAUAAUGCAAAACGUAACGAGGGAGGAAUAUUUGGCCUCUCUAAGAAGGAGAAGCAGUGGUUUUGCAAGAGGUAUAUCGAAGUACAGAGGCGUCGCAAGGCACCAUCACAAUGGAAGGUGGGAAGCGAGAAUCGGCCGCGUUUUCGGCACACAAGAAGAAGCUGCACACGCUUACGACGUGGCGGCGAUCGAGUACAGAGGAAUCAAUGCGGUGACUAACUUCGAUCUGAGCACUUACAUCAGAUGGCUAAAGCCCGCAUGCGGCGACAAUUCAACGGGACUAAUAUCAGAAGACGCGGCGAUUCCACAAUCCGAAUCGAACUACUUGAACCUCAACAAAGAACCCACGAAUGCAAGUUCCUUCGCGAUAAAAAAUCCCGCGAUUUGUGAGAAACGCGAAAUAAUCGAGAGGAAAAUGCCUUUGGGGUGUUCCAACAAGGCGACUUCUCCAACGGCACUGGGGCUACUACUCCGUUCUUCAUUGUUCAAACAACUCGGUGAACAAGCCUACGGAGGAACAUUGGAUAGUGGUGAAACGGAUUCUACGAUAUCUGAAGCUCACAAUAUAGUCCGAUGCUGA